GAGGCUGAAUCACUGUAUCACCUUGGUAACGAAAAAUAUUUAAUACCCUCAGCCCUUAUUCUUUUCUUCUUUUUCUUCUUUAUUAUCUUUCAGAAUGAGCAAAUUCAAUCUAGAAGUUCCUGUAGAUUUAUCAGAAAAGACAUCGAAUCGAUUAGACACUGCUAAAAAGGUGCUUCAUUUGAUCACAUUGGCUACUACUCUAUUGACAAUCUGCGUUGUUGCUCCAUUGAUUGCGACGGAGGCACGUUAUUUGGGUGGUGGUAAACCAGCUCCUAAUUAUACUUUAUUCGUAUGCAUCUUCAGUCUUCCUAUUCCAUUUUUCUUGGUCUAUUUCCCUUAUAUGUACGAGCAUCAUAACAAGUUCAGGAAGCCUGGUAAAUUCUGUAUGAAAAACCGUACCAAUUUGAUAUUUUGUGGUUUCAACUCUUUUCUUUGGGCUACUGCUGGUAUCGCUACUGCAGUACACUCUAAUGAUUCUUCCAAUUGUGCUGUGGAUAGUAGCUUACGGAAGACAUAUGGUGAUUCAUAUGUUAGUGCUUGGGGAACACAGUGUAACCUGGCUAAAGUCACCACUGCAUUUGCUUGGAUUACCUGUCUUAUUUGGGUAUCGACUUUAUUAUGUACUUUGGUUGCAUUUUGGAAAGAAAAGCAGGAUAUUCAACAACGAUUGAAGGAACAUAGAAUGAGUAAGCAAACCAAAUUAGAAGAGGGCCCUCCUGCUGGAUACACUAGACCUGCUUAUCAAGAAGAAGAUCAUUAUCAACAUGAGAGUUCACCUUUCAAUGACCCUGUUCAGUAUCAACAGCCUCAGUACCAGCCACACUCUCCUUAUGACGGCCACAAUGUAGGUCAAUAUCAGCCUACGAACCAAUACCACACUAGUCCACCAGUACAAUUUUCUCCCAUGCCCACUCCACAGCAUGUGAUGCCUACCCCAGAACAAGCACAUUAUAAUGCUCAUAACUUUUAAUAUUUUUUUAUAUAAUGUUAUCCCUUGUAUAUUCUAUUUUCUUAUUGUAAAUGAUAAACUUUUUUUUUUAUUUUUUUGUAAUCGGAUUUUAAAUUAUUCUAUUUUUAUCAAAAGUCCUUCCGUCAUAAUCAGGUACACCAAGACAUUCUUUGACAUCAAAAAGGUAAAUUAUUAUGAUUGGAGCAUAAUAAAAAUAGCUUCUCUUGGCAUAUACUUUCCUACAUUU